AUGAAACCCUCAAAGGCGUCCCAGCGCUACAGGAGCGUGCGGAGGAACGCCGGCCAGCACUAUUUCUACCAGGAGUCUCUGCUGCUCAGCAACUUGGACGACAGCUUCAAUGCUGACGAAACGGGGGACAGCACUGAUCCAGAGCAGAUCUUCCAGAAUAUCCAGUUUCAGAAGGAUCUCAUGGCAGACAUUCGCUGCAGACCCUGGACCAUGGGACAGAAGCUGAGGGCGCUGAGACGAGCGAAGGAGAUCGUGCUGAAGUUUGAGGGGAGGCUGACCCGGACUCGAGGCUACCAGGCAGCAGGUGCGGAGCUCUGGCGCAAGUUUGCUCGUCUCGCCUGUAACUUUGUGGUCAUCUUCAUCCCCUGGGAAAUGAGGAUAAAGAAGAUCGAGAGUCAUUUUGGAUCGGGCGUUGCCUCCUAUUUCAUAUUCUUGAGAUGGCUGUUUGGAAUUAAUAUUGUGCUCACGAUUAUGACAGGUGCCUUCAUCGUCAUUCCAGAGCUCAUUGCCGGCCAGCCCUUUGGAAGCACGGCCAGCAAGACCAUCCCCCAGGAGCACGUAGCUUCAGCCCAAGACCUGGACACCGUCUGGUCCCUGGGGGGUUACCUGCAAUACUCAGUCCUCUUCUAUGGCUACUACGGCCGGGAGCGGCGGAUCGGCAGGGCUGGCUACCGGCUGCCCUUGGCGUACUUCCUGGUGGGGAUGGCCGUGUUCGCUUACAGCUUCAUCAUUCUCUUGAAAAAGAUGGCGAAGAACUCCCGCACCAGCCUCGCCAGCGCCUCCAAUGAGAACUACACCUUCUGCUGGCGGGUCUUCUGUGCCUGGGAUUAUCUCAUCGGCAACCCAGAGGCCGCAGAGAGCAAGACAGCCGCCAUUGUGAAUAGCAUCCGGGAGGCGAUACUGGAGGAACAGGAAAAGAAGAAAAGCAAAAACCUAGCCGUGACCAUCUGCCUGAGGGUCAUUGCCAACAUCCUGGUGCUUCUGUCGCUGGCUGGGAGCAUUUAUCUCAUCUACUUCGUGGUGGACCGGUCCCAGAAGCUGGAGCAGUCCAAGAAGGAGCUGACACUCUGGGAGAAGAACGAGGUGAGCGUGGUCGUCUCCCUCGUCACCAUGCUGGCACCAUCCGCCUUCGACCUCAUCGCCGCCCUGGAGAUGUACCACCCUCGGACCACCCUGCGCUUCCAGCUGGCCAGGGUCCUCGUGCUGUAUCUGGGGAACCUCUACAGUCUGAUCAUCGCUCUCCUGGACAAAGUCAACAGCAUGAGCACCGAGGAAGCUGCUGCCAAAAACAGCACGAGUCCCUGGGUAGAUUCCACCGUCAUCUUUGCCACCAGGACAGCCCCUGAGGAAGGGAAAUGGUCCACACCUGGGCCCGGGAUGGGGCUCAGGAGAAACAGCACGUGGGCCCUGGAGGAAGCUGGCCUCCCGACUUCCACCCUGCCUCUCUCAGAGGACAACAGGACCACCGUCUACACCCAGAGGCCGCAAGACCAGUGCUGGGAAACAUACGUUGGGCAGGAGAUGCUGAAGCUUUCCAUCAUCGACAUGCUCUUCACGGUGGCCAGCAUCCUGCUCAUAGACUUCUUCCGAGGGCUUUUCGUUCGGUACCUGAGCGACUACUGGUGUUGGGACCUGGAAAGCAAGUUUCCUGAAUACGGGGAAUUCAAAAUAGCCGAGAACGUGCUGCAUCUGGUCUACAACCAAGGGAUGAUCUGGAUGGGGGCCUUCUUCUCCCCCUGCCUGCCUGCCUUCAACGUCCUCAAGCUGAUCGGGCUCAUGUACCUGAGGAGCUGGGCGGUGCUGACCUGCAACGUGCCCCACCAGCAGGUGUUUCGAGCCUCCAGAUCCAACAACUUCUACUUGUCAAUGCUCCUGUUUAUGCUCUUCCUGUGCAUGCUGCCGACCAUUUUCGCUAUCGUCCGAUACAAGCCAUCUCUAAACUGUGGGCCGUUCAGUGGACAAGAGAAGAUUUACGACAUUGUGUCGGAGACGAUAGAGAAGGACUUCCCGGCGUGGUUCGGCUCUGCAGUGGGGUACGUCAGCAGCCCUGUGGUCAUCCUGCCGGGCGUGCUGCUGCUUCUCUUGCUCAUCUACUACCUGCAGAGCAUCGCCAGGUCCCUGAAGCUCAGCAACCACCAGCUCAAGAUGCAAAUCCAAAAUGCAAGAUCUGAAGAUAAGAAAAAGGUUGCCCAAAUGGUAGAAGCCCGAAUCCAGACGCAGGACGAAGGCGCCAAGAGGCUUGCGAAGGACAGUGACCUUGGCAGCCAGCUGUCCUCAGCUCCCUCCGCCACUCCCCAGAAUGACGGCACCGCGGUCAGCUUCGACUCACCCAGUGGCAAGAGCAGCAGGGUGGAGGCCGUCGCCCAACCCACACCCUGGAGUCCCGGGCCAGGGACCAGCAGUCCCAGUGCGUCACUUCCCGGCGUCUCCAAAUCCAGGCCAGGGCAAGAUGGGAACAGGUAUCCACGGGGUCCGGGGACCAGCACAGGAGACCGUCCCAGGAACCGAGCCUGCACACCUGUGACGUUUGCAGAACGCCUCGGAGACGCUCACUCAGAGCCUCUUUACCGAAGAGACUUCUGGCGAAUCCACCCUCCUCUUCCUGGACCGGGGGUCUCGGGCCUGGGGCCACAUGGCCACAGGCCCCACGCCCCCAGGUACUAUGUCGUCAAUGAGCGUGACUCUCACAAAAAGCCCCAUCAGACUUUCUGGCCGGAGAGACAUUUCAAGAUCGACGCCUUAGGGGACGUCGUGGAGAUGUUCCCCCGGAAUGUGCGGCCCUGUGGGUCCCGGGCGCCCCAGCCGGCUCGCUCUCCGCAGCUGAGUGACGAGGAGGAGGAGGAGACGCUGAGGAGAGAGUGGGUCAAGGGGUACUUCCACCCUCGCUCCCUGAUCGACCUCCACGGGGCCCCCCAUUUCUACGUCGGCGAGAGGUCAGGGAGCCAGACGCUGGCUCCCGAGCACCAGGGAUGGGGGCUCUGUACAUCCUGGAACGACGGUUUCGAGGGUCCCCUUGACAGGCCGGUGUACAUGCACAGAAAGCCGCGCCCCCGGAAUGUCCAGCACCUGCAGCAGCCCCCGAGGCCCAGGGCCAAGCCCCGGGGCGAGCCGGCCCUCACCGAGUCUGACUCCAUGUCGGCAGCCUCCAGCAGCGACCCGCAGAACAGCGGCACUGACCAGUACCUGCAGAUCACGCCCAGCCCGGGCAAGUUCUCCAGGCCUGCCGGCCCGCUCACAAGGAGAAAGGCCGUGUCCAGGCAGGAGCUGACUGCAGAUCUGAGCAACCUGAUCUGUUCGAACGUCUAGGGCUCCUUCUGGGGUCCCAUCUGUAGCGAGUCAAGCCGUGUGGGAGCACUGAUGCGCUCUGACAGCAUGUGGACCCUCCCCUCCUGCAAAGAGACGACACACCCUGGGGGGCGCUGGAGACCGUGGGGCGCAUCCAGGCCUCUCAGCUGCCGGCUGCAGCCCCCACACUCACGGGGCCACAACUCCCUGUCCUACAACGGCCACCUGCCAUGGGUUGUUCCUGGGGCCUCUCUGUGUCCAGCACUUCCACACAUUAGACCAUCCUUUCAAAAAGCUUUGGGAUGGCAAAUCGCAGGC